GCCGCGUCACGACAGCGGGCCCCGCCGCUAGCGAGCAAUGGACCGGGUCGGCAGCGGCGAGAAGCACCUCGAGGACUGCACCGUCGCCAAUGCCCUCGGAACUUGGGUCUUCUCUGUUGCUGGUGCUCUCCUUGCCAUUCCUGUGGGCAUAAAGAGGAAGUCCUUCGCUCCGCUCGUGUUCUUUGGCACUACUGGAACUAUGCUUGACAUCAUCAUGGGCAUUAGCCAGUGUGAGAGGGAGCAUGCUGAGCGGCAGAUGAAGCUUUUAGAAGCGCAGAACCUUGCAACAAAUGCUUCAGUAGAGGGUGAAAGCUUGACUGAUUCAUUUACCAAUGUGGAUAAGUGAAAUGUGUCCUACUGUGGGUUUUCUUUGAUGAAUUUCCUGAGUUUAAUAGUCAUGAUCCUUUGGAAACAUUGUUGUUCUUCCUAUUUCCAAAUAAUAUGUAUUGAAGCAAUGAUCAGUGUUAGUAAAGAUGACAAUUGAAAGGCCAUCUAAA